GGAUGAUGCCCUCCAUGACCAUGGUAACACAAGGAUGAUGCCCUCCAUGACCAUGGUAACACAAGGAUGAUGUCCUCCAUGACCAUGGUAACACAAGGAUGAUGCCCUCCAUGACAAUGGUAACACAAGAGUGAUGUCCCUCCAUGACAAUGGUAACACAAGAGUGAUGUCCCUCCAUGACAAUGGUAACACAAGGAUAAAGCUCCUCCAUGACUAUGGUAACACAAGGAUGAUGCCCUCCAUGACCAUGGUAACACAAGAGUGAUGUCCCUCCAUGACAAUGGUAACACAAGAGUGAUGUCCCUC